UGGGGCAGUUCGCGGCCCGGCGGGGAGCGCUGGAGUUCCUUGUGGCCGACGUGCACCGAGGACAGGAAGAUGUCACCCAAGCGCAUAGCUAAAAGAAAGUCCCCCCCAGCAGAUGCCAUCCCCAAAAGCAAGAAGGUGAAGGACGCGAGGGCCGCCACCUCCCGCCGCGUUCCUGGCGCCCGCUCCUGCCAAGGUGCCUACAGGCCGAGCCCUCCUGACCAGAAAACCCAACCAGUCUCACACAGGUCCCACAGCACAGAACCCGGCUUGGUGCUGACACUAGGCCAGGGCGACGUGGGCCAGCUGGGGCUGGGUGAGAAGGUGAUGGAGAGGAAGAAGCCGGCCCUGGUAUCCAUUCCAGAGGAUGUUGUGCAGGCUGAGGCUGGGGGCAUGCACACCGUGUGUCUAAGCAAAAGUGGCCAGGUCUAUUCCUUCGGCUGCAAUGAUGAGGGUGCCCUGGGAAGGGACACAUCAGUGGAGGGCUCGGAGAUGGUCCCUGGGAAAGUGGAGCUGCAAGAGAAGGUGGUACAGGUGUCAGCAGGAGACAGUCACACAGCAGCCCUCACCGAGGAUGGCCGUGUCUUCCUCUGGGGCUCCUUCAGGGACAAUAACGGUGUGAUUGGGCUGUUGGAGCCCAUGAAGAAGAGCAUGGUGCCCGUGCAGGUGCAGCUGGAUGUGCCUGUGGUAAAGGUGGCCUCAGGAAACGACCACUUGGUGAUGCUGACAGCUGAUGGUGACCUCUACACCUUGGGCUGCGGGGAACAGGGCCAGCUAGGCCGUGUGCCUGAGUUAUUUGCCAACCGUGGUGGCCGGCAAGGCCUUGAACGACUCCUGGUCCCCAAGUGUGUGAUGCUGAAAUCCAGAGGAAGUCGGGGCCACGUGAGAUUCCAGGAUGCCUUUUGUGGUGCCUAUUUCACCUUUGCCAUCUCCCACGAGGGCCACGUGUACGGCUUUGGCCUCUCCAACUACCAUCAGCUCGGAACUCCGGGCACAGAAUCUUGCUUCAUACCCCAGAACCUAACAUCCUUCAAGAAUUCCACCAAGUCCUGGGUGGGCUUCUCUGGUGGCCAGCACCAUACAGUCUGCAUGGACUCGGAAGGAAAAGCAUACAGCCUGGGCCGGGCUGAGUAUGGGCGGCUGGGCCUUGGAGAGGGUGCUCAGGAGAAGAGCAUACCCACCCUCAUCUCCAGGCUGCCUGCUGUCUCCUCGGUGGCUUGUGGGGCCUCUGUGGGGUAUGCUGUGACCAAGGAUGGUCGUGUUUUCGCCUGGGGCAUGGGCACCAACUACCAGCUGGGCACAGGGCAGGAUGAGGACGCUUGGAGCCCUGUGGAGAUGACGGGCAAACAGCUGGAGAACCGUGUGGUCUUAUCUGUGUCCAGCGGGGGCCAACAUACGGUCUUACUAGUCAAGGACAAGGAACAGAGCUGAUGGAGCCUCUGAGGGCCUGGCUUCUGUCCCACACAACCUCCCUCACAGAACAGGGAAGCAGUGACAGCUGCAGAUGGCGGCGGGCCUCUCCCCAGCCCUGAGCACUGUGUCAGCUCCUGCCUUUUCUCAUCAGCAGAACAGAAUCCUUUUCCUCUUUUUCUUCCUCCCUUUGGAAUUUUCCUGGGACCUACAGAAUAAAGGGGGGGAUGGACAGGGGGUUUUCAGAAGGAGCAUGGCUCACUCAGAGCUGUAUGGUUAGACAUUUCUCCCCUUUUCCCUACCUUCCAUGGUCCUGGUUAGCCCUGGCUUUGCCUACUAGAAAACCAAAACUUCCCCCCUGGGGUUUGGUACCCACUCUGAGAAGUUGGGGCUCCAUCAAGCCCCAUUCUAGUCAUGUGCCCCUUUCCUGUCCCUGACAGUCCACAGGCAAACAAAUGGUACAGUCAUAAGAGCCAUCUGUCAUGGACCCACGCCCAGAGGAUCGUGCAGAAAAAAGCAGAGCUGCAUGGCUGUGGGCAACUCUAAGCCAAAUAUUUGGCUCCGAACAGGUGUCCAUGGGACAAAAAAGAACGAUCCUCCACUUGACCAAGAAAAAAGUGAUUCUCCCAGAAGCACAAAGCAUACUCUUGCCCCUCAGGUGUUGCCUGUGUACAUCGUACCCAUCCAUUGGCUUCACCUGCAGCCAAGGGCCUAGACUCGCAAAGAGAAGCCACGCUGGGGAGAGCAGAGCAGGGUAUGGGGUGGGGAGAGAGGGUGGAGGGUUUUGUAAACAAACUUAACAGCAAUAUUGAAAGCGGGGGGGAUUGAGGGAGGGACAGAGACUAGUCCUGAGACGGAAACAGCAACUUGUACAGUGGCUGAGAAAAUAGGAUAUAGUUUUGAUUUUUUUAAUUGUAAAAUAUUUUGGAGGGAGAACAAAAUCUUUUAACAUUUUGAAUAAAUUUAGAGUUUUAUAAAAUAGGCCACUUGUUUUCUGCACAUUCCCUGCUUUUUAAGGGAGCACAUAUUAUGUGCCAGGCACUGCUGGGAAAGACAGAAUAAGCUAUAAACGUGGUGUUGAGGCUACAA